AUGGAAACAACAUUGUGCAAACCCGUGCAGUUGUUGUUGCUUUAUAAGUGUAAACUGAACCAGAGUGCCCCUCGUCUGAGUCUAGCGGGUCUCCUCGGGCUUAAUUCCCUCCAGGUGUCCUUCAUUAGGUGGAAGAACUCGAGUUAUUUAUAAAACCGCCCGCAGUCCUCGAGAGUCGCGCGGUCACGUGAUCGGAGGGUAUUUGAACCGACGUCAGAGAAACCGAGCUGGUACCGACUACAAUGAUCCUCAGCCGUCCUCCUCCACCUCCUCCUCCUCCUGCUGCUGCUGCUCCUCCUGCUGCUGCUGCUGUUGCAUGACCAAAACUCCGCAUAUUACCCCAGAAAGAUAUCCUACCACCAGCUCCCACCGCCGCCCUCGACUCUCUACGGGAUACGCUGCAGUAAUUCACACCGUAGCGGUGGACAUGCGCCUCCAGCUCCUCAUAAUGAGUCCGGGCUCGCAUUAAACCAGGUUUAGGACUAGCGUCAAUGCAACAAACGCGUCUCCUCGCUGAGAAAACCAACCGGUGGUGGUCUGUUGCGUUCAGGUUCUCAGGUGUGGUGGGGGUGAAGUCAUGGAGAAGCCAUUAUCUUCAGACAAAGCGGCGCUCGAGGAGAGGAGAGGCCUAGUGGAGGAGGGUGCAGUGCUGAGAGGUGCUGAAGGAGGAGAACCAGACCCUCAGACGCCGAGGAAGAGCAGCUCAUCCCGCUCCUCUCGCAAGAGCUUCCGUCUAGACUACCGACUGGAGGAGGACGUGACAAAGUCCAGUCGGGACAAACAUGGCCGCUGGAUGAACCCAUGGCCAACAUGGCGGUUCCCUUCAUACGCAAUGCUGCUGAGGUUCCUGCUGUGGGACAAAAAUAACAGCAAUGUACCGACCAGUAAAGAGGCCCUGGACAGUGAGCUCCCAGUCCUGGAACCAUACUUUGUCCAGAACCCAGACCAGUCUGACUCUGGUGCGGGUCUGAGAGUCACCUGGUUGGGUCACGCCACAGUCCUGGUUGAAAUGGACGGACUGAAUAUUCUGACGGACCCAGUCUUCAGCCAGAGGGCUUCACCGUUCCAAUUCAUGGGGCCCAAGAGGUACAGAGGGCCCCCCUGCACCGUGGAACAGCUCCCAAGGAUUGAUGCGGUGACCAUCAGUCAUUCUCAUUACGACCACCUGGACGCUGGAUCUGUGGCCAGUCUUAACGCACGCUUCGGAGGGGAGCUACGCUGGUUCGUGCCCCUGGGUUUGAUGGACUGGCUGGUGAAGAUGGGCUGUGAGAACGUCAUGGAGCUGGACUGGUGGGAAGAGAACUGUGUACCAGGUCACGACGAUGUUACAUUUGUCUGCACACCUUCUCAGCACUGGAGCAAACGUACAGCGCUGGACGACAACAGGUCUUUAUGGAGCAGCUGGUCUGUUUUGGGUCCAGAGCAUCGAUUCUUCUUCGCUGGCGACACCGGCUACUGCUCCUCCUUCCAGGAAAUAGGACGACGCUUUGGACCGUUUGAUCUUGCAGCCAUCCCCAUAGGAGCGUACCUGCCCAGGGAUGUGAUGCAGGGGCAGCACGUAGAUCCAGAGGAGGCUGUUCAGAUCCACGAAGACCUUCAGGCCAAACAGUCUGUGGCCAUUCACUGGGGGACCUUCGCUCUGGCCUACGAGUACUACCUGGAGCCGCCGGUUCGUCUCAGAGAGGCCCUGGAGCAGAAAGGACUGAAAGCAGAAUCUUUCUUCACCUUACAUCACGGAGAGUCUCGCCUCAUAGCUGCUCGACAAGGAGACGUCUUUGAGUGACGUCUCUGCAGCAGCUGUGGGCCCGGGAUCCUUCACAUCUGUAACAAAGUGAAGAACAGUCUGUUUAGAUGGAUUAAAUGUCGUCUGCAUCUUCUGUCAGCUGAAAAUUAAAUGUUCUGCAACACUGUUUACGUACUAAAUGUUUGCCAUCGCACUCUCAUUGGUGAGCAGUACUACCUACAGGAGCUGAGGCGAUUUGUGUGUAUAUAUAGACACACAUGUGAUGUUACUACUGUAAGUUAGUCUUAGUUGACUGGACAGUGUGGCAUGUAGAAUAUGCAACUGCAGUCAUAAGAUCUAGAUUGGAAGAAUUACAUUUAUCAGUUAGCAAAUUGAACAAAAUAGUCCUGUUUUUGUAAUUAGAACAUCUUCUGCAGCUGUACAUGUUCAUGAAAUGUUUAGAAAUCUUUCAGCUCAAAAACUUUCUGCCAAUCAGAAUGAAAAUAGGAUUGAGAUCAUUGUAUAUAGGUUUGUGUACAGGAAAUGGUGUGGGAUUGAAUGAUAAACCUAGAAGUUGGGCAUUGAUGUAAAAGACUAACACUUUUAGAAAAUAAUGAUAUUCAAAGAUGGGUGCUAAUUAAUGCCGCAUUACAAGGAUGUCGUUUUUUCCUGAAUGUAUCAUAGUGAACCAAAACCAACAGGCUGUUUUUGUGUGCUGAUUGAAAACCUGUUGAAGUUGAGCUGGGUUCAACUUUACAAGCUGCAAACAUUUGAUUGUGAUGCUCCAACCACAGCACAAACACUUAUCAGUGUGAUUGUUCACUUUUUCACCUCCUAGUCAGGUGUUGGGUUCACGAUAGACAAUUUUCAUUUGUAAAGCCUGAAUGUAAGAACAGAUAACAGCACAAUGUUGAGCUCACUCACUGCAGUAACAUGUCUGUGGUUUGAUCACUUUUGUCCCUAUUAAAUACAUUCAUAAACAAA